AUAUCUCCCUAGAGUUCAAAAGCUGAGCUUCAGCACAAUUCAAUAUCAAAAUGAAGGCUGAUUUUGCAAUUCCAAAGCUGUUUCUUGCACUUGUCAUCUUCUCCACUGCAUUGUUUUCAUUUGCAACAUUUGGAUUGGCUGCCACUGCAAAGGCGCUUCACAGUGAUGAAGUGGAGACACUGAGAGAGAUAGGGAAGAAACUGGGGAAGAAAGAUUGGGAUUUUGGUAUAGAUCCUUGCAGUGGAGAAGGGAAUUGGUGGGUAUUGGAGGAUGGAAGGAAAGGCUUCGAGAGCACUGUGACAUGUAACUGUAGCUUGAACAACAACAGCUCCUGCCAUGUCGUAAGGAUAGCUUUGAAGGCACAAAAUCUAUCGAGUACUGUGCCACCGGAGUUUUCCAAGCUUCGGUACCUCAAUCAACUGGAUCUCAGUCGGAACUACCUUACUGGUUCCAUACCUUCCCAAUGGGGUAUAAUGCACUUGGUCGAGCUCUCUUUAAUGGGGAACAGCUUGUCAGGUCCCUUCCCAACAGUUCUUACCAACAUCACCACCCUCACAAACUUGAGCAUCGAAGGAAACAGAUUUUCAGGACCCAUUCCACCUAAAAUUGGAAAGUUGAUCAAUUUACAAAAACUUGUCCUGUCCUCAAAUGCUUUCUCAGGAGAAUUGCCAAAUGAGCUUGCCAAGUUAACCAACUUGACUGAUAUGAGGGUAAGCGACAAUAACUUCUCUGGAAAGAUACCUGAUUUCAUCGGUAACUGGACAAAGAUUGAAAAACUGCAUUUUGAAGGUUGCUCUCUUGAGGGGCCAAUACCUUCUACCAUUUCUGCCUUAACAAGCUUAAGUGAUCUGAGGAUAACCGACUUAAAAGGCAGAGGGUCUACUUUUCCACUAUUGAGUAAUAUGGAAUCUAUCAAGAUGUUGAUACUGCGGAAGUGCCAAAUUUAUGGAAAGAUCCCAGGAUAUAUUGGGGAUAUGAAAAAACUUAAAAGUUUAGACCUCAGCUUUAAUGACUUGACUGGUGGAAUUCCAGUCUCCUUCGUCCACCUUGAAAAAGUAGAUUUCAUGUAUUUAACAGGAAACAAGCUCACUGGAAGUAUACCUGAAUGGCUCCUAGGAAGAAACAAGAAUGUGGAUGUUUCUUACAAUAACUUCACUUGGGAAACCUCUGGUCCAGCAGAAUGUCCACGUGGGAGUGUAAACUUGGUGGAGAGCUACUCCUCAUCUGGAGAUAAAUUAAGUCAAAUUCAUCCAUGCCUAAAAAGGAGUUUCCCAUGCCCGUCUCGGAAUAAUGAGCAUCCUUACUCCUUGCACAUUAAUUGUGGUGGUAAGGAAGCAAAUGUCAAUGGUAACAGAUACAAAGCAGACAGAGAACAAAGAGGUGCUUCAAUGUUUUACUGGGGUCAGAACUGGGCUUUCAGCAGCACUGGGAACUUCAUGGACAAUGACAUGGAUGCAGAUAUCUACAUUGAAACCAAUACUUCUGCACUGUCCAAUGUCUCUAUGUUUGAUUCAGAACUUUACACAACAGCACGCGUUUCUCCUCUCUCCCUGACAUACUAUGGAUUCUGUCUCAUGAAUGGGAACUACACUGUUAAACUCCACUUUGCAGAGAUUAUUUUCACAAAUGACAGAUCCUUUAACAGUCUUGGGAGACGUAUAUUUAAUGUCUACAUUCAGGACAAGUUGGUACUGGAAAAUUUCAAUAUAGAAGAUGAGGCAGGUGGAGCUGGAAAGCCACUUGUAAAGUCAUUUGCUGCGGUUGUUACAAGUCGGACACUAAAGAUCCACUUUUACUGGGCUGGAAAAGGCACAACAGGCAUUCCACUUAGAGGAGUUUAUGGUCCUCUCAUAUCAGCUAUAUCAGUAGACCCUAAUUUCAAACCUCCGUCAGAUGGUGACAACAAAAAGUAUUUAAUAAUAGUGGUUGGGACAGUGGCUGCGGUAGUAUUUUUAAUCUUUCUUGCCCUAUGUAUCAUGAAGAAGAAAGGCUGGCUGGGAGGCAAAAUCUCUUCUGAAAAAGAGCUUAGAGGUAUAGAUCUGCAAACAGGAUUAUUCACAUUACGACAGAUCAGAGCCGCCACCAAGAACUUUGAUCCAACAAACAAACUUGGGGAAGGUGGCUUCGGGUGUGUUUACAAGGGUAUGUUAUCGGAUGGCACUGUAAUUGCUGUGAAGCAACUCUCAUCGAAAUCUAAGCAAGGAAAUCGAGAAUUUGUAAAUGAAAUUGGAAUGAUUUCAGCACUACAACAUCCAAAUCUUGUAAAGCUGUAUGGAUGCUGCAUUGAAGGAAACCAGUUAUCGCUGAUUUAUGAGUAUAUGGAAAAUAAUUGUCUAUCUCGUGCUCUUUUUGGGAAGGACACAUUCUGCAGAUUGAAACUAGACUGGCCUACCAGGCAGAAAAUUUGCUUAGGUAUUGCUAGAGGUUUGGCCUACCUCCAUGAGGAGUCAAGGUUAAAAAUUGUGCAUAGGGAUAUAAAGACAAGCAAUGUGUUGCUUGAUAAGGAUUACAAUGCUAAAAUUUCUGAUUUUGGUUUGGCAAAGUUAAGUGAAGAUGACAAUAGCCACAUCAGUACCCGGGUUGCUGGAACCAUCGGUUAUAUGGCUCCCGAAUAUGCAAUGCGUGGUCACUUGACCAAUAAAGCAGAUGUUUAUAGCUUCGGAGUUGUUGCAUUAGAAAUAGUCAGUGGAAAGAGCAACACAAACUAUCGCCCCAAGGAAGAUUUUGUUUACCUUCUAGAUUGGGCCUAUGUCCUGCAAGAGAGAGGAAGUCUAUUGGAGUUAGUUGAUCCAGCGUUGGGUUCAGAAUAUUCUUCAGAGCAAGCCAUGAUAAUGCUGAAUGUGGCUCUAUUUUGCACCAAUGCAUCCCCAAGCCUCAGGCCUACGAUGUCCCAAGUUGUGAGCAUGCUUGAAGGUGGAACUACUGUUCAAGAACUACUUUCUGAUCCAGGAUUUUCAGCCGUCAAUUCCAAAUAUAAGACUUUAAGGAAACACUUCUGGCAGAAUCCAAGCAGAACCCAUAGCAUGAGCAUUGAUGUUACAUGCACCGAUUCCUCCAGUUCAUACAGCGAACCAGGGCAGACUGGCCUGCUUUUAAGAGUUAGUUCCAUUAAAUCCGAUGAGUAAUCUCUGUAUCGUAAUGGCACUUGCACAGUU